AGGGCUGGCUCCAGUGGCCUGUCCUCCCUCCGUCUGCAGCAGAUCCUGAGGAGAAACUUUCCGGCUUGACCUUCAGGGGCCCUCCGCCUGCCGCGGCACCGGCAUCCACCUCCUGCUGGAGCUGUUUUGGUCAGAGCCCUUCUCUGUCCUCACCUGGUCGUGACAGGAAAGUUCAAGCUGUCCUGGCAGCAGGAAGCUCCUUUGCUCCACCCUCUGCCCUGCACACCGGCUCUCUCAGCUUAUCCAGGAUUUCCUGCACCAGACCUGCCGGCGACAGCGACCCGACCUGUGUGGCCGCUCGGGUGGGAGCUGGACCCCCGGCAUGAAGCGCUUCUCCCACGAGCCCUGGGCAGCCUUCGCUGCGGUCUUCUUCACCAUCGUACUGUGGUACUCCUGCUCAGCAGCUGAAGAUGUCUCCAAUGUUUCAACAAGCCCCACGCUCACAACUGAGUACGAAGCACCAUGUCUUACAAAGGAAACCUGUUACGUACUUAGCCUCCCACCAGCUCACUUCAUUUCUUCGCCACCAGACGUGAACUUCUGCACGCAAGCGGCCAUGUGCUGCCCGACGGGCGUGGACGAUUACGGAUGGAUUGCUGCGGCUGUUGGCUGGAGCCUCUGGUUUCUGACUCUCAUCCUGCUCUGCGUGGGCAAGGUCAUGAAACUCCGGCCUGAUGAACCCAAAUAUUUGGUGGCCUGAAGCAGAGCAGGCCAGCAAGCAGCAGCACCUGGGAGCACUGAGGUACAGACAGACCGACAAAGCAUUUCAAUCACUUCCUAAGAAACAAAAAAGCAAGGGCACGUACCUUCAGCUAAAAAAGGCCAGAUCUAAGCAGGGCGCCCGCUGGGGCUUCAUGGUCCCUGGCAGGUCAGAGCUGCCAGCCCAGGUGUGGAGCAGGCAAGACCCUGCAAGCCACCACGUAUGUCCCACAGUACACAGAAAUCCUUCUCCCUGAGCCCCUUUAUGCCUGCUGUGAGCGCGCCAGCAGCAAUGGGAUGCUGAAGGACCAGUUACCGCUGUGUAGCACAUUGCCUUAAGAGAACCCAGUACGUAACCUCUGACUUUGAAACAGAAAGUGGGCAAAUAAAGAUAUUUUCCGGAGGAUGAUGUUACCAGAUCCAUUACUAAGCUUUAGGCCAGGUUACAUCAGUAGGUGGAUGUAACUCAUUGAUUAUACUGAGUCCUCCUCACUCACUAAAUUGCGGUAUUUUAAAGUCUAUGAACUGACACCAGUGAAAACUCUGUUAUGGAAACUUAAAGAUUGUUUGGGCUGCUUUGAAAUUAAAACUUGUUUUUCCAGUGCAGUUUAUUUGUGAACUAUUUUGUAAGAAUUUAAUGUUGGUUGUAUUUAUUCAGCUAGCACCUACCCAUGUAACUAAGCCAAGCUGAACUGUGGCAAGCAGGUUUAAACCAGCGUAUCCAAUCCAUUCACAAAACUGUUCCUAUUUAUGCAAGUUGAUAAUAAACACUCUUAUUAACGGAAA